UGCAUUUGGGCCCAGAACAGUCCAUCACUCGAAAUGGCGCGAGACCGGCUCUUGCCCGGCACAUCCCCCAUGCAACCAACCAGUGGAAAAACAAAAAAGAGAACUCGCUUUAUUUGUUGGUAUCGCCUCUGGCUUCUUCCGACCACCUUUGCUCCAGGCGCUGCCGGCGGCCCAGCCCUUGGCGGCAUCCGGCGGCACGUUCGCCUUGAUCAGCAGGAAUGCCAUCGACUCAGUUUCUCGCAGCGCCCGCAGCGCCCCACCCGCCCAACCAGCGGCAGGCUGGUGGCGUGGAACCACAACCGCGCCGCUGCGUCCACUACCGUGUUGCGGCGAGGUCCGGCAACUACGGGGAAACCAAUACAUGCUGGCGGCAACGCCUGCUGGCCCCUGGCGCUCUCCAGGCGCUCUCCAGGCGUCUGCCUGGACUGUAUUCGCAGGCGCGCUGCAAGGGCACACGAGGCUGCCGUCGGCACGCCUUGCUUCCCUCCAGGCCUACGGCGCCAGUAGCACUUCCAGGUUACACCCCUUGACUCGCGCUCAACAGCAGCGAGCUGAUCCGCCCCAGCCACCAUCGAGCCUGCUGCCCAACUGCCCCUUCCGCGCCGCCGUCAACGCCCAGACGCGUACCAGCGCUCUGGGACCCAUCCCUGACGCCAUUGCGGCGGCGCUGGGUGUGCAAGACGGCGCCCUCACCACCGCUGCAGGCGCCGCAGUGGACCCCGCGCCCCUCGCUGCCAAGCUGUCGGCUCGCAUUCAGUGCAGUGCGCGCCUGUGCGUUGACAUGACAAAGUAUGCCUGGCAUACGGACCUGGCGGAUGUGAACGCGCGCGUGCUGCUGUGGAGCCCCAAGGUGCCCACCAUGCGCGCCGGACAGACCUACGACCCCCGCGGCAAGGACUGGGUGUCGGUCGUGGCGAUGUGCCGCGAGCUGUUCAAAUACGAAAAGCGCCUGGCGUCAUUCUUCAUGCGUGCUGCUUUCCACGACUCUCUAGCCGUGGACGUGAGCCAGUGCCCCGGCCCCAACUGCGGCGGCGCCGACGCGUCCCUGGUGCUGAGCCUCGAGGAGAUGGCCCGCCCAGAGAACGCGGAGGACAACUUUGCCGAGCUGGCGGGCCGAGCGGCCAAGAAGAUUGCUUCCUUCUACGACGUGUCCGUCGCCGACACGCUGGCGGUGUGCGCCGCGGUGGCUCCCGAGGUCCUGAGCAAGGGCCGCAUCAAGAUCCUGACCGGGUCGGGCAAAGGCGUGCUGCGUGUGGGCCGCCUGGACUCGGUGGUGCCCGCGCCGCCCGGCAACCUACCCGCCGCCAACACCACCCUCGAGCAGUUCGCGGCGUUCUGGGCCGCGCGCGGCAUCAGCGCGACUGAGGCGACUGCGCUGAUGGGCUCGCACGCCCUCAUCGACGACCAGGCCUGCUUCCAAGGCAAGGGGAUGUCCGACUACUGCAACCCGGCCACCGCGGACUGCUCCAACGUGCGCAUGUUCCGCUGGGAGAACCACUACUACAAGGACAUCUGCUCCCCCACGCUGACUGUGCGGACGGAGAAGCCUGGCGAGCUCGACCCCGUGGAGACGCCCAUCGUGGGCAUGACGGAUCCCGAGAUUGAUGCCGAGGCGCGGCGCGAGACCUGCAAGUUCACCAGCAAGGAGGGCCGCACCAUGGCGAUGAACCGCCUGGCGCUCAUGCGGUGCGGCCUCAUGCCCGAGCCCGUCGAGCCCGAGGACGGCGUGACGGUGACCUGGACCUACAAGAACUGCCGUGACGGCGCCGCGUACGGCAUCAACGUCGCGGAGCAGUGCCCGCACGCGCACCUGUGGUUCUACACCCCGAACGAUGCCUACCUGGGGUUGGCCUGCCAGGGCGUGGGUACCAGCGCCGCCGCCGCCGAGGUCCGGUCCGCCACGCGCGCCUUCAUCAAGAGCCAGGAUGAGUGGGACAAGGCCUUCAGCUCCGCAUAUAUCAAGAUGGUCACUGCCUUUGCCCUCUGGCCGGAUGCGGACGGCAGCGACCGCAAGGCAGCCUACCUCAUCAACGGCGGCGAGUGUGCCACCGGCCUCCACUUGGAGGCAGCGUGCGCGCAGGGCGCAGCGGGGCCGGCAUCCGCGGACGUCAGGGCCCUGCACGCCGCCACCUACGUGCCGCCGAGCAGCAAACUGCGCGACAGCUGCAAGAGCUGCUCGCAGGGCGUGUGCCCGGAACCCAAGCAGUGCGAGCAGUGCGUCAAGCAGUUUCGAGCCGACCGCCGGCCCAAGACCAACCCCCUGGUGACCGAGGCCAACUGCUGCGGCUGUGCCACGCUCAGUCGCUCGCUCACCUACAACGCCACCAAGGACGCCAAUGGCAACACCUACGUCAUCAAGACGGACUUCGGGGUGCGCUGGCCCGACGUCAUGCCCUUUGUCCUGCCGCCCCAGCCACUGCCGGCCGCCGCCGCCUGUCCGGUGCCGGAGCGGCAGCUCGACACCUUCACGUUCGAUGACAAUGUGGCCCCCACCGUCACGAUUCGGCCGGCCGGUUCCAACCCACCCGUGGCGCCGGAGGGUGACAUUUCGGACCUCUGCCCUGCUGCCGACGGCACCAUUGUUGAGGUCCGCGGCUACCCAAGCAGCCCCUUCCGCUGGAAACCUUUCACCCAGACCUACGUGGCGCCGCCGCGCGCCCAGGUCGCAGCCAGCUAUGCAAGGCCCGGCACUAACCUGACCGUGGACGCUUAUGAGAUUGACAUCUUUACGACGGCUAGAAACAUUGGUUGUCCCGGCGGCAGGCCGACCUGGUUCCUCUCCUACAACGGCUCCGUGCCCGGUCCCUCGUUCCGUGUGCUCAAGGGCCGCCAGACGCUGGUCCGCUUCAACAACCGCCUCACGCCCGCCAAUCUCAGCGGCACGCCCUUUAGCCUGCAGUUCGACCCCUGCGAGGGCACGCGCUCCGGCCGCCCCAUCACCGUCCAUCUGCACGGCUCCUCGUCCCUCGCGCCUUACGAUGGCUGGGCCGAGGACUCCACGUGCGGCGCCGAGACCAAGGACUACUACUACCCCAACUGGCGCGCGGGCUUUCUGUGGUACCACGACCACCAACUUGACAUCACGUCUGAGAACGCCUACUUUGGUCUGUCCGGAAUGUAUACCGUGCAUGACCGGGCGGCUGAGGGCGGCUGCGGCGAGCCAUGGAACCUGGACGCCCUUCCCGACUGGGAUAUGCAGUUCAAGGAUGGCGUGCUGGACAGACACUGCCAGCUCUACUAUGAUCGCGCGGGCCCCCACCGCAACAACCUGUACGGUGACAUCAACUUCGUCAACGGCAUCCCCUGGCCCGUCGCCACCAUGGAGCCCCGCUGGCAGCGCUUCCGCUGGCUGGUCUCUUCCGUCUCCCGCCCCUACAAGCUGCGGUUCGUGGACGCCGCCACGGGUGCUGACGUGGGCGGCAGCAAGUGCCACGUCAUCGCCGGCGACGGCGGCAUUCGCCGCACGCCCGCGACCUUCCCCGCCGCCGGCCUGUUUGUGGCCGUGGCGGAGCGCUACGAGGUGGUGUGCGACUUCCGUGACUUCAAUGGCAGGAGUCUGUACCUACUGAACGCCUUCGAUGAUGACCGCAUGAAGGACGUUCCCUUCUUCUGCAACUCCCACCUGGUCAUGAAGAUCGAUGUGCGCUGCAACGGCACGGGCUGUCUGGCGAGUCCGCCGCCUGUCAAUGCCAUCUUCACCCCGCUGGUGCCCGCCCAGCCGGCCAUAGACCGUGUGCUCAGUCAGACCGAUAUCAACGCCGCCCUGACGCUGGCGCGCAACCGGCAGUGCACUCGCACCUUCCGCUUCGGCCGCCGCAACGGCCAGUGGGUCAUCAACGGCGAGACGUGGCAUACCGUGCGCAUUGCCGCCGGCGAUGUGGGCCACAACACGUGGGAGGUGUGGUGCCUGGAGACCGGCGGCGGCUGGUUCCACCCCAUUCACAUCCACCUGGUCGACUUCUACGUCCUAACACGCAAUCGGGAGGAGGCGCAGGUGCGUGAGUACGAGCGCUUCACGCCCAAAGACAUGGUACAACUGGACCCGGGAGCCGAGGUGUCGGUGCUGGUGCGUUUCGGCGCGCACCGCGGCGAGUUCAUGUUCCAUUGCCACAACCUGAUGCACGAGGACUUUGAGAUGAUGCGCUCCUUCCACGUCGUGCCCACGCCUGGCUCUCGCACAGCUGCCACGGCGCUGCCACUGCAGGCGCAGCCCAGCAUCGUGCAAAACCUCAAUGUCGUGUAUGACCUGUACGACGACCCUGUGUACGGCCCCGCAAGGCCCCGCCCCUCCGCCGGCCUGACGCCGCUGCGUGUUCCCAGCGUGCAAACCACCGCGGCGCUGUCGUUCCCCAUUGACAAUGCCCUGUACCGGAUCUACUACCCGAACGGCGCCCCCAACGUGAACCCGCUCCUGGCCAACGCCGCCAUCAACCCCUGGAUUGUGGACAUCUGUCAGCCGCAGCGCGCCCAGCAGGUUCAGGAGCAGCAGGUCUGAGCGACAACCGCUCCUUUCCUACGUUAGAAGGCUCGGGGGCCAACGAGCGAGGACGGUGCAUCUGCAGGAUAGUCAUUAUUCUGGGCACGUCAACGAAAGCGUGGAUAGAUGCUGCCGGCGCCAUGCACCACGUGUGGCAUUCAUGUGCUGCGGACUGCUGAGGAGCACUGCUGGCUGCAGUGUGGUGGUGGUGUCCAGUCCCUGAAGCAACGUGCCCAUGUCUUCACAUGCUAUGUGUGCCGUUUUCAUGCAUGUGUCUCUGAUAUUCAUGUGGGCCCCCAAUCCUAGCUAUAGCAGCUUGCAAGUUAUUUGACAUGGUCAGGAUGCGACAUGUGGAUAUGUGAAUUGCGACAUACGACAUUGCGACAUAAUGCACAUACCGCCCAAACGCAUCCAAACCCGCCAAACAUAUUGUGCAUGCAUUCAAUAUGCCUCUGGUAAGCGUGGAACGCCGUGGCACACAACAAAACGUGUCUCGGUUGCCACGGUGGUGGUGGCGUGGCGUAGGGUGCGGCCAGUGGGAGGAGCUUGUGGCUACGCUAGCGCAAUACACCGCCGCAAAGCUGGGAGAUGUUACUUGCAUGGGCUCCAGGACGCGUAGCUAUGCAAAUGUGGGCGAGUCUUGGUAUGUCGCAAUGUUGUAUGUCGCAUUUCACAUGUCGACAUGUCGCAACCUGACCAUGUCAAAUAAUGUGCACACAGCCAUAGGCACUUCAGCACUACGGCGUGUGUGCGUGACUCGUUCACUGCGCACCCACAGGCCGAUGGCCUUGAUGAUGGACGGUAGAGCCAGUGUUUCUUUAUUCUGUGCUGGGGUUUCAUUUUGUGAUCCUUAUGGCUUUCGGUCUCUGGUGCUGUGAUGACACCUGGAAUUCGGGGUGGCGUAUUUAAGGGCGGAGGCUGCAGAGUACGUAGUGAACUAGUUCUGCCUAGGCUGUGUGUGCAAUGCCGGUGCUUGUCCUAAGGAGUCCAUGCGUAGUUUGGAUUCGUAGUUGUGGGUAUGUGUGUGUGUGUGUGUGUGUGUUAGAAGAAACAACAAAACGAAGCCCGCCCAAGCGUGUGUGUGUGUGUGUGUGUGUGUGUGUGUGUAUGCAUGUGUGUCUGGCAUUGGCCAUCUCGGACAGUGCUCGUAUCUUCCAUCUACAUACGCUGUAGAAAUUUGCCCCAAACCCGCCGAAGGCGGAGAAAAGUUUUUGGAGUUUUGGGCCGCACAUCUACGGAGUGUAGACGUUUUGGGCGGAUUUGGCGGUAUCUUAGACAGGGAGCGUAGAUGUUUGGGGGGGUUGGGGGGCGUGCCCUAGGGAAAUUUUCCUGGGCGUAGGUGGCGCGGGAGGGUUCACCUACGCUGUGUAGACGCCGGGGGCCUAAAGCCAUCUACAAG